UCGCGGGGGGGACGGACGGAUCGUCCAUCGAGCGACAACUCCGACCAGUUUGCUCCAAAUAUCUGCAGCGAGUGGCCAAGUUUUGAAGCACUGACAACACGUCAGACCGACUAAUAAACACCCAAUCGUUAGUGGACCAACUGCAAGAAGACAGAAUUAGGGACAGCUAAAACCAGGGCGUUGAUGGAGAAGCUCAGGGAAGAGUUUGAGCAGAUCGUAGGCGAGCUCGAGUGGCAGGAUGUUGCCGACACGCUGCAGGAGUUGUGCUCCAACAUCAUGUGUGACCCCACCAACUCUCUUCCUCCUCCUUCUCCUCAUCCUCCCAACCAGCACCCGCCCUCGAACGCCCCUGCGUCUCACGCCUACGCCGGGAUUUCGUUCGACGGCCACCCGCAGCUGGCCCGCUUCCCGCAGCGGUUGCCGUUCGUCCCGCACGCCCAGUUAGUGCCGCUUCCCAGUAUGAGGUACGGGCCGCAGUUCAACCCGUACCUCGUGCACCCCAUUCACCUCAGCCGCCAGGCGGGGGCUCCUUUCCGUCUCCAGUACUUGCCGUGCCAGAUGCCACAGCAACAGGUCGUCCACAGCCAGCCGUCUUUUAGCUUCCCAACUGCUCCACAGCAGCCGAAAAAAAGUCUGCCGGUGGUGCCGCUGCCCGAAGGCACCACGCUGCACGCCGUCGGGAUGUUGAACGGGGAAGUGUUGUACGCGGCAGUGGACACCUCUCAGGCCACGCCUCCUCCUCUUCCUCCCGCCACAUCCACCUGCUCCUCUGGCCGUAAAAGAAAGUGCAAGCGGCGACGCAAGUCGGCUGGCGUCAAGAAGCCCCCGAACGCCUUUAUGUGCUUCCUGAGGGAACGGCGCCCGGAGUUUAAGAGCCAGCACAAGGACAGCGUGGCUGUCAACAAGCUGCUAGCUCAGCUGUGGACGUCAAUGAGCAAGGAGCAGCAGGCUAAAUACUACGAGCAGGCCUACAUGGAGAAGAUGGUGCACGAGCAAAUGUCCUCCGACGGCUCCAGCAGCAGCAGCGGCAACAACGCCAGCAACAACAACACCGGCCCCAAGAAGAAGAGGCGGCGCAGCAACGCCUCAGCCGCCAGACAUGCAGUUUCCGCAGCGCCGCGUCACGGCGCCGACGGCUGGAACACCGGCGACGAUGCGCCCGCCUCUACCUACUCGUCCUCCUUUGCCUCCUCGUCCUCGUCUCUCUCCUCGUGGCUGGAAGCCGUCAUCACCGCCGAGGGCGUCGACUCCCCCGACGAGCCGUGUACCUCCGCAUCGUGCGCUGGCGCGUCUUGCGCCGCCGUGCCGUGUUCCGCCGCUUCCGAUGCCAACAAGUGUCCGGAGUCGGGCGACGAGUCCGACAUCGAGGGCAUGGACGCUCGGCUGCUACACCUGCUCGGAUGCUGUUAGGCACAAACACACAGUCAGCGCUUUUACUUUUGUGUAAUGUAUUGUA